ACUGCGGCACUGCCUCUUCUAUACUUCUCUACUCCGCGCCACUUCCACUUGGUCGCUAUUCAGUCCUUUCUUUCGAAUUGACUACUUGCCAGCGGUGAACUCAUUAUUGACGGUAUAGACCAGGUUGCGGUUUUUGGUGAAUGCUUAUCUAUUUCUCAUUUAUUUGCUGAUGUCUAUCAAUGAACCAGAGCCUUGGUGUUUUACAGUUCUUCGGAGUAGCGGCUUGCACCUGUUACGACCGGAAAAAUCAUGGCGUCCCAUAAUAACCAUACAAGUCGAGUCCAAGGGUGGUUCAGUUGAUUGCGACGCGACGCCGUGCCAUGAAACGACCCUGGGAAGCGAUGGCCAAAAUCCUAAUCAGAAGGAGGUUUUCUACAUUCACGACGUCUCCCCGCACUCCAAAAUCUCCAUCAAAGUUUGGCACCGUUCUCAAUCGAAGAAGAAGAGGAAGAGAAUUCUGGUCGCAAACGCGUGUCAUAUGCUGCGCGAUCUCGUGAAGGAGCAAAACGAGGCUGGAAAAUAUAUUCGCCUAAACACUCUACCCUCCACCGCAAAACGCCUUAAAAACGCCCGUCCAGGGAUGUGGCCUAAGUUAUCUCUCCGUGUGCGGCCACCGUCGAUAGCCAAGCUACACCACGAAGAACUAUUUUCCGACGAUGGCAGCUUAUCAUGCUACUCGGCCAGCAUGCCUCCUACACCCACCAGCAUAGGACCUACCUUGCCCAGCGAAGGCGACGUCAUCAUUCUACCGCCUCCCAAUGAGCAUGAACUCAAACGGCGUCUGCAGCCUUAUAUAAUAGACUCCGAUGACGAGUUGAAUCCCCUUCUCAUAGACGACGAAGCAUACCUCAACAGCGCCCCGCCGAUAUUACCACAGUAUUCAGAAACCGAAAAGCCUCCGGACCUCCCUGCCAUGGGUGUGAUCCAGCGCAUUGUCGCAUCUUUCACGAUGUAUGGGGAGCUGAGAGACGAGUCCCAUUGUGAGCAGGCGCUUUCGCGACAGCAACUGGAAUGGUCGUAUGUUGGUGGGCUCCUCACUGCGCUGGCUGCGGUUGACACUGCUAUUUUCUCUAUCUCUCCCGACACUCUUUUCCCCAUCAGCCCCAUUGCACGCUCCUUUAUCGCCAUGUCUUCCACUGCCUGUGGCCUUGGCAUCUUUUGUGAUGCUUGGUUCAUUUUUCGCUAUAACUUCGUCCCGCUUGAAACUGCUCGCGCGCGCUCCAGGGAUAAGUUUAAGUCAUACUUUUUCUUUUCAUUAUCGGCAAGGGUGCCAAUGAUAUGUGUGCUAUUGUCGGGCAUGACGUUGAUGGGGUUUUUGGGCGUGGUUGCGUGGACGGUGUGGCCGGCAGGGUUGCUGAUUAUGUCCUUCUUGGUGGGAGUGUUGAUGUCAUUGCAAUUCUUGGUGUUUGGGGCUUGGUGGUUCGUCAGGAAGGUGAUGUGUGUGGGGAAGAAAGUUGGGAACGCCAUUAAAUGGAUCGUUGGCAGGGAUAGCGGAGAAGGAACGUCAGAUUCUGCUUAGAGUCUUUUCGAUCUGGACUCUCAUUGUACUACGGUGUAAGUGUAGUCUGUAUCUAUAUCUUGAAUUAUUUCUAACACUGAACAGCCAAUUGCUUUCAAUACGGAGAAUCAUAUGUCGCAAAGUGAUAAAGGUAUUCUGACCUUGUCGUCAUUUGUACGCAAAAGUAUAUCCAACCUAGA